UCAUUACAUGAACCCUCCAAUUAAUACCAUAACUGCUUUUAUUACUGGCAGAUUCCACCAUUCCGAGAUUUUGUAAGCUUUGACUACUGCAGAAAGGAAUCACUUGCUCGGCCUUCUCCAACCUGUCCAUCCGCAUCCUCAAAUCAUUGCUGCGUCAAUCUCAUCUUUAUUUAUUCAAUUAUGGACUAGGAACACUUCAACCCAUCUUCUUCCCCAAAGAUUUCAGAUUAGAGGAUAAGUGUUUUCCGACAGAGUGCUCCAAUGGAGAAAGAACCGCUCCUCUGUUCCGCCUACCCAGGUAGACCCGAUCCUUCUGCGCCGCUGCUCUGCCCUCUACCGGAAGACGAUGAAAUUACGAUUCCGCCCCUGCCGUUGACGCCCGCCGCCAGAGAGCUCAAAGACCGCCUGAUUUUCGGGGCGUCUGCUUCUUCUUCUUCAUCUCAGGUUAAGGACUCCUCAACCUCGAACCUUCUAGAAGCCCUAGCCGUAACCCUAAAAUCGCCGCGGAACUCGUUCCAGUCGCCGGACGGCGAGAGGUUCGCCCUCGAUCAGCUUCAAUCGCCGUCGGUUCUCGAUCCGGAGUACCAAUCGUCGUGGCUCAACGACCCUAAUUACCCCGCCUUCAAGACGAACCUACAUCGCUCCCGGACUGCCCCCGCCAUGGCCACAAUCAACGAAAUCGACCAUUUGGAGCCCAAACCUCCCCAAUUCAGCCGGAUUUCCAUCGUGAGGCAAGGCUUCGUUCUCUUAAUCAUUUACUUGAGUCUCGGCGUCGCGAUUUACUCAUUCAACAGAGAUCAUUUCAGCGGAACUGAAACUCAUCCAGUCGUCGAUGCUCUGUACUUCUGCAUUGUAACCAUGUGCACUAUCGGCUAUGGCGACAUAACCCCCAACAGCCCUGCAACUAAGCUGUUCUCCAUUACAUUCGUGCUCGUUGGCUUCGGAUUCAUCGACAUUUUGCUCACCGGCGUCGUCAGUUACAUGCUCGAUCUGCAGGAGAAUUAUCUUCUAAGAACAAUCAAGGGCAGCGGGGCACACGAUCCCGGCUCGUACAUAAUCGAUGUCAAGAAGGGGAGGAUGAGGAUUAGGAUGAAGGUUGCAUUGGCAUUGGGCGUAGUCGUCGUUUGCAUAGGCGUCGGCGUUACAGUGAUGCAUUUCGUCGAGCAUAUGAAUUGGUUGGAUUCGUUCUACUUGUCGGUAAUGUCCGUAACCACCGUUGGAUACGGUGACAGGGCGUUUAAAUCGAUGACGGGGAGGAUAUUCGCGUCGAUUUGGUUGCUUGUGUCGACGCUCGCCGUUGCUCGAGCCUUCCUUUACUUGGCGGAGGCGAGGGUCGAUAGACGACAUCGGAGGAUGGCGAAGUGGGUGCUCGGACAGGAUAUGACGGUUGCGCAGUUCCUUGCUGCUGAUAUCGAUAACAAUGGAUUCGUUACCAAAUCGGAGUUUGUUGUGUACAAGCUGAAGGAGAUGGGCAAAAUCUCGGAAAAAGACAUCAUGCAAAUAUGCAAACAGUUCGAAAGGCUCGACUCGGGCAAUUGUGGGAAGAUCACUCUCGCAGAUCUUAUGGAAAGUCAUCACUGAUUUUAAGACAGCCGAAUGUAGCUUUAUCGGGGUCUAACUCUUGUGCAGCAGAGACAGGAUCGUGUUUUGGAUGAUUCAGACAACGAAAACUGUCUUCGUGUCUGAUUAUGGAAAGGGAUCUUCCACGGCCCGGAACCAGGUAGAAAUUUUUAUCUGCACAUGGCAUGGCAUUGCAUUGUUCGAUCAAGUUAGUCGUAUGUGCGUUUCUUCAUUACCUGCACGAACACACACAUGUGUAUGUAUAGAGACAUUAGAAAUGACUGAGGGACAUGAAGCCGCGAUAUCCCAACUAAAACAUGUUGUCGAUAUUUCAUUUAUGCGCGGUGUCGCGUGCUAGAUUCUUGCAUCGUUGUGAGGCAGCGGAGAAUGGGGAAGGGGUGUUUGAGGUUGUAGUAAGUUUUUGAAGAUGUGUAGGGACUAGAGAGCAGAGAGUUUUUAUGGAUUUUUCGAUUGCAUUUUGGAUAAAUAUGUCACUGAACAUAUGUAAAUUAUGUAAGAUAAGACAUCCAUCCAUAUGUUUUAUUCAUUCAUGUGUAUUUUGGGACUCGUCUCUUUCACUUUAAGGCUAUUUAUUUAUAUCCAACUUUUUGCUGA